AUGAAUCGCGCCACGGCCUCAGGCCUCUACGCGGCUAUCUCAAAGGAGCUCGACGGCAACCUCAUGUUUCCCGGUAGCGAGACAUUCUACAUCCUCCUCGACAGCUUCACGUACUCCCGCCUGCACGGACAAUUCAGCCUCUGGGCGGCCAUGGAACCCAAGUGCGGCAACCAGGCUUUCAACGUGGUCAACGGGGACACCGAAUCCUGGCAACACAUGUGGCCUAAGCUCGCGAAGCCCUUCCGCUGCCAUAUCCCCUGCAACCAAUUCACAGUCGAUGUGGGCAAGGAUACAGACAGCGUGAUGUUGCUGGCGGAGAAACCUCCAACGGCCGAAAGGGAUACGGAGAGGGACUUGGAGGGGAAUUUCACGCAAGGUAAAAUGGAGCAGAAGAUCGACUCGAUAAAAUGGAGUCAGCGUGAGGAUGUCAAGAAGGCCAUGAGUAAGGCGAGGAAGUAUGGAUGGACGGGAUAUGUUGACUCUUGGAUGCGCUCUCCGAGUGCUUUGACGAAAUGGAACGGGAGAAGAUCCUGCCUCCUACGGAGUUGA